GCCCACACCUACAUAAGGCGCUCCACUCUACUUCUUCUUCUUCAAGACCGCGAGUUUGUGAGAGCCAAUUUGGAAUUCUAGGGUUUGCAGAAACACUAAAACUUCGUCGUUAUGGCAUUGCCCAAGGCAAAGGAGCUCGUUUCCUCCAACUCCGUCAUCGUCUUCAGCAAGUCGUACUGUCCCUUCUGCGUGACGGUGAAGAAGCUCUUCUCUGAAAUGGGAGUCAAUUUCAAGGCCAUUGAAUUGGACCAAGAGAGUGAUGGAAGUCAGCUACAAGCAGCACUGGCUGAGCUGACUGGACAGCGGACUGUGCCGAAUGUGUUCAUCGGUGGAAACCAUAUCGGUGGAUGUGACGCAACUACGGCCCUGCACAAGGAAGGAAAGCUGGCUCCUCUGCUCACUCAAGCCGGAGCUGUUGCCAAAUCCUCUGCUUAAAAAGGAGUCUGGACAUAGUAGAAUAAUUUCGUUUAUGUGUCUCUGCUUGAUCUGUACACCACUCUCUUUACCAGACAAUAAAGCACAUUAAACUUGAAUUGCAUAUUUCAGUCUGUGAUUUGAUAUUUUCAAUUUCAAUUUGCGGAUGAAUGAAUUUUCUGCA